CCUCACCCUGUCCUCCCUCCCUUUCUCGUUGAGAAGGCUUUUCGUUCCCCAACUUGAACCCACUCCCUGCCCUCCUCCUCCUCGUCCUCCUCCUCGUCCUCCUCCCUUCUCUUCCCUAUUCGGUUAUGUAUCGUGAACUCUCUCACCCUUUCUCUCUCUGAGUACGCAAGUCGUAGUCAUCCUUUGGAAUUUGACAGUCCUCGUUCUCCCUCUCUUUGUCGGUUCAGGUAGCUCGAUCAUCUUUACCAGUUUGCAAACUCUGCCUCGCUUUCGCACUUUCUGUAACUUUCCUCUUUGUCUACUGCUCUCUCUCUCUCUCUCUCGGCGUAUUAAUGGCAAUCGAUGGGAGUUUUAAUCUCGAGGCAGAACUCAAGAGGUUCAUUGCUCGUUGUCCCAGGACAGAAUUCAUUCUCAGCCCACUCUUCAAAAAGGGAGACAUGUUAACUGAAGAAAAAGUGGUGGCUUCGGUGGCUGUGCUAUUUCUGCAUCCUAAUUAUACGAUCCCAUUGGUGGGAUGUUUCCGUCCGAUAGCUCAAAAUAUUGUGGACAAAGCCGUUGCGUUGCUUCGACUGGUGCCUAAUUUAAGGUCCAAUUCUGAAGAUAUAGUUGCAGAAUCCAACACAGACAAAUCUCCCAGGGGAACUGAAAAUUUUCCUGACGCGGAUGUUGCCAAUGUAAUUGAUUUUUAUGUUGGAAGAGGCAGAGGUUUGAAUCUUCAUGAGCUUGCCUGUUUGGCGUUCUGUAGGGCCCUUGAUUUGGCACCUUUUUUGUUAGGGUCCGUAUUAACUUAUUUCAAAUUCGCUCCACCUCCUUUUGAGUGUAUUCUGAAAUCUCGACUGGUUUCUGGGCUGUCAAUUAAGGCUUCAGCUUAUUUAUUAAAUCCUGUUCGGACAUCAUGCCGACUCUUGCUAAUGGAACCCGAAGUUUUCUCAAAACUUUGGGAUUGGUCCUGUUUCUUGGAACUUGUACAUUUGUUUGCAAAUCUUAGUUUGGGGGAGAACACUGAACUCUCUAAGAAUAUUUCAGAUAUGAGAUGGUGUUCAAUACGGAUAUUUUCAGUCAUUUUGAAGAUGAGUGAAUGUGCCACUAAAAAUUUUUGUAGUGGAUCUGAGGAAACUCUUGGGUGUUUACUGCGCUGGGAAGAGUUUUGUCAGGAUGUAUCGUUAGAGAAGGCUGGUUGGUAUUUUGAAUCACCCCAACAGGAUGUGUCUGGUUCUGUCAAUGGAGACAUUGAUGUCAAUGGAGAAAGCAGUAUGCAAUUAUUCGACCUUAAUUCUUUGGCUGGUUCCUUAUCAAUUAAUGAGAUUGAACCAUCAGUUAAAAGAAGGCCACUGACAUGGAAUACAAAUUUACCCAGUGAUCCAUUUGUCUUGACAUCAACUGUCAAGAAAUCUUUUGAGAUGGUCCAGUUGGCAGUGAGUCAAAAGUGGCCUGUUCUUCUAUAUGGUCCUGUUGGUGCAGGGAAAUCCGCUCUGAUUAGCAAGUUAGCCAGGGAUAGUGCGAACAGAGUUCUAUCUAUUCACAUGGAUGAUCAAAUUGAUGGCAAGACAUUAGUUGGGGGUUAUGUCUGCGCAGAGAAACCUGGAGAAUUCAAAUGGCAGCCUGGCUCUCUUACCUUGGCUGUUUUGAAUGGCUUUUGGGUUGUUUUUGAGGAUAUUGACAAGGCCCCACCUGAUGUCCAUUCCAUCUUGUUACCUUUACUGGAAGGUGUAGGUUCAUUUGUAACUGGUCAUGGGGAGGCAAUACAGGUGGCAGAAAGAUUUCGACUAUUUUCCACAGUUUCAAGUUCUAAGCUUGAUGUUUCUCGCUUUACAGGAGUUGGAACUUCACUUGGUGUUCUUUGGAGGAGAGUGCUGAUCCGGUUGUCGAGUAAUGAGGACCUAAAGAAUAUUGUGAAUGCUUGGUAUCCAAGUUUGGAACCUCUAACUGGAAGACUUAUAGAAACCUUUGAAAGAGUUAAUUCUGCGGUUAUACACCAGCACGCAGGAUUUCAGUCUGGAAAAUUUGAUUCCUUUCUCUCUUUCAGCAGGUUCUCAUUGAGGGACCUGCUUAAAUGGUGCAAGAGAAUAGCUGGGUUAGGUUUUAGCUUUGUGGAAGAUCAAUUGUCAUCAUACAUAUAUAAUUGCAUUUAUCAAGAGGCUGUAGAUAUUUUUGCGGCUUCUUCAGCUUCAGCCGAGAAUCGGUUGACUAUAAUGAGAGAAAUCGCGAAGUUGUGGGCUUUGUGCAUUCCAGUAUCAGAGUCCUUAUACCCUCCAAAUAAACCCGUGAUUCAGGAUUCUCUAUCAGACAUGAGAAUUGGAAGAGUUACUCUCCAAUGCUUUCAAACAGCAUUUCGGGACCAGAAGAAGCCCUUUGUUGAGAUUCGUAGUUCUAUGCAUUUACUGGAGAGAAUAGCCUGCUCUGUCAAGCACAAUGAGCCUGUUCUCUUGGUUGGUGAAACGGGCACUGGGAAAACUACACUUGUGCAGAAUCUAGCUGCUAGGCUUGGUCAAAAACUAACAGUUUUGAACUUAAGUCAGCAAAGUGAUGUUGCUGAUUUGCUAGGGGGAUUUAAGCCUACAGAUGCACGUUUUGUAUGCAUUCCUCUUUACAAUGAGUUUGAGAAUCUUUUCUCUAGGAGUUUCCCUGUUAAGGCCAAUAAUACUUUUCUUGCCAAUUUACAAAAAUAUUUGAGCAACAAAAAUUGGGUACAGUUAUUAAGAGGAUUUCAGAAAGUUGUUAGAUCUUUCGAAACAUCAUCAGCUGAAGGAAUAGGUGGGUCUGGCAAAAAGCGGAAGAAACCUUUGGAUGAAAGAAUUAUCAAAGCUUGGGAAAAUUUCUCUGUGAAACUUGAAACUGCCCAUGGCCAAGUUGUUGCAUCGUCUGGAAUGGUCUUUUCAUUUGUAGAAGGUGCUUUUGUCAGUGCACUUAAACAUGGCGACUGGAUUUUGCUGGAUGAGGUAAAUUUAGCUCCUCCAGAGACCUUGCAAAGAAUUACUGGUGUACUUGAAGGAGACUAUGGGUCAUUUUGUCUGGCUGAGAGAGGGGAUGUUGAUUAUAUUCAUAGACAUCCCAACUUUCGCAUAUUUGCCUGUAUGAAUCCUGCAACUGAUGCUGGGAAGCGAGACUUACCACUCUCUUUAUGUAGUAGAUUUACGGAAUACUUUGUUGAUGAUGUGUUGGAUGAUGGCGAUUUGUCUCUUUUUAUAAAUCAGUUUAUGGAUGACAACAAUUCAAAUAUUGAAUUAGUAAAUAAAAUAAUGCAUUUUUACAAAGCUGCCAAGAAGGGCUCUGAAGAAAAGUUGCAAGAUGGAGCUAAUCAGAAGCCCCAGUACAGUCUCAGGUCUCUUUACCGUGCACUGGAGUACACUAAGAAGGCGAGAAAAAAAUUUGAAUUUCAAAGAGCACUUUAUGAUGGAUUUUGUAUGUUUUUUCUUACUUUAUUGGAUGGAACUAGUGCUAAGUUAAUGAACCAAAUGAUUUUGUCUUAUUUGUUGGGGGGGAAAAUACCCCGAGAUAAAUCUUUUGAUGCUUAUUUGAUGGCUAGAGACUACUUGGUGUCUGAUGAUUUCUUGGAGAGCUAUGUUCUAACAAAAAGUGUAAAGGAGCAUCUUAAGAACCUGGCACGUUCCAUUUUGAUUAAGAGAUAUCCUGUUCUCUUACAGGGACCCACAUCUAGUGGGAAGACUAGCCUUGUUCAGUAUCUUGCUGCGAUAACUGGUCAUGAAUUUGUACGGAUUAAUAAUCAUGAGCAUACUGAUCUGCAGGAAUAUUUAGGUUCUUACAUAACUGAUGCCUGUGGUAAGCUUGUGUUUCAUGAAGGGGUAUUGGUUAAGGCUGUUCGGAAUGGAUACUGGAUAGUUCUUGAUGAGCUUAACCUGGCUCCAUCUGAUGUGCUGGAAGCUUUGAACCGACUGCUAGAUGACAACAGAGAGCUUUUUGUACCUGAAUUAUGUGAAACUGUACAUGCACAUCCAGAUUUCAUGCUUUUUGCUACUCAAAAUCCUCCUACUUUCUAUGGUGGGCGAAAAAUGCUUUCUCGUGCAUUUCGGAACCGAUUUGUAGAAAUCCAUGUUGAUGAGAUCCCAGAAAAUGAGCUGAGCACAAUAUUAGAGAGGAGGUGUAAGAUUCCAGAAAGUUAUGCUAAGAAAAUGGUUGAAGUUAUGAAAGAGUUACAAUUGCACAGGCAACGUAGUAAAGUUUUUGCUGGAAAGCAUGGGUUCAUAACUCCACGAGACUUGUUUCGAUGGGCUGAUCGUUUCAGGACUUUUGGCAGUUCUUAUGAAGAUUUGGCACGGGAUGGUUACUUUCUCUUGGCAGAAAAGUUGCGAGAUGAGAGUGAGAAAAAUGUUGUUCAAGAAGUUUUAGAAAGACACCUACGGGUUAAACUUGUAAGAGAUGACUUAUACGUGCAGGAAUCAGCUGGAGGAGAUUCUAUUUUUAGCAUGUGCAGAUACUCGGGAGUUUCGGAAAAUAUCGGAAAUAUCAUCUGGACGAAAAGUAUGUGGAGGUUGUACUAUCUUGUUGAGCGUUGCUACAAGUUGCGUGAACCUGUCCUUCUUGUUGGUGAAACUGGUGGUGGGAAGACUACUGUUUGUCAGCUGCUUAGUAUUAUAUUGGGGUCAAAAUUACACAUAUUGAAUUGCCAUCAGUACACAGAAACAUCUGAUUUCCUGGGGGGCUUCUAUCCUAUCAGAGAGAGAUCGCAAUUAACUUCGAAAUUCAAGUAUUUAAUUGAGCAAGUUAUGAUGUCGAAGACUUUUAAAUACUUUCCUGGGGAUACUAUAAUUUCUCCAGAUAUUGGUCAGGCUCCUUCAACCCUUAAUCAGCUGUCUCUAAUUAUAAAUAGUUACAGAAAGGGUCUGUUCUCAUGUUCUGAUGUCACUUUAGAAGAUCUCAAAACCUUUGAGCAAUUGAAGCUGGACUUAGUUCAGCUGAGCCAGCAAUGGCAAACCAUUUUUACGUGGCAAGAUGGUCCUCUGGUACAAGCAAUGAAAGAGGGCAAUCUUUUUCUGGUGGAUGAAAUUUCUUUAGCUGACGACAGUGUGCUGGAACGAUUGAACAGUGUCUUGGAGCCAGAAAGAAAACUGUCUUUGGCUGAGAAAGGUGGGUCUGAUUUGGAAAAAAUAGCUGCACAUCCUAACUUUUUUGUUCUUGCGACAAUGAAUCCUGGUGGUGAUUAUGGUAAGAAAGAAUUAUCUCCAGCUCUAAGAAAUCGUUUCACUGAGAUAUGGGUUCCUGCUGUUACUGACCUAGAAGAGCUUAGAAGCAUUGCUCAGCAGAGAUUUUUGAGACCAGAGCUAUUAUGCCUUGUGGAUCCUAUGCUACACUUCUGGGGGUGGUUCAAUCAGUUACAAGUUGGGAGAGUUCUAACUGUGAGGGAUCUACUUUCAUGGGUGGAUUUUAUUAAUUUGAAUGAGAAGUGUUUAGAGCCGAAAUCUGCAUUCCUGCAUGGCGUGUUCAUGGUUUUGCUUGACGGACUUAGUUUAGGAACUGCUAUUUCUAAGAGAGAUGUUGGAGAGUUGCGCAAGAGGUGUUUGUCUUUUCUUCUGGAACAAUUAAAGCAGGUGAGAGAUAAUAGUUUGGUCAAUGAGCUUUCCGAAAUGGAGAGUUAUGGUUGGGGUGACCUUGGAGUGGCAGCUGCUAAAUCAUCUGCUGGUAAUUUAGAAGAUGACACAUUGUUUGGAAUCAAUCCGUUCUAUAUUGAAAAAGGUAAUGAUAGCUGUGAAGGUGAGGGAUUUGAAUUUAUGGCACCAACCACCCGUAGAAAUGCCUCUCGGGUGCUGCGGGCUAUGCAGCUUGUGAAGCCUGUUUUGUUGGAAGGUAGUCCAGGUGUGGGGAAAACAAGUUUAAUUGUUGCUCUGGGAAAAUUUUCUGGACAUAGAGUUGUCCGGAUCAACUUGUCUGAGCAGACCGACAUAAUGGAUUUAUUGGGUUCCGACUUACCUAUUGAAAGUGAAGAGGGAUUGAAGUUUUCUUGGUCUGAUGGAAUUUUACUGCAGGCUCUAAAGAAAGGAUUUUGGAUCUUACUUGAUGAACUUAAUCUUGCUCCACAGUCCGUUUUAGAGGGUUUGAAUGCUAUUCUUGAUCAUCGUGCUGAGGUUUUUGUUCCGGAGCUGAAUCAUUCAUUUAAGUGCCCUUCAUCCUUCAGAGUUUUUGCAUGUCAGAAUCCUUCUUGUCAGGGUGGUGGCAGGAAAGGUCUUCCAAAAUCUUUUUUAAACCGUUUCACUAAGGUUUAUGUGGAUGAGUUGGUUGAGGAUGACUAUCAUUUCAUUUGUAGUUCAAUCUAUCCAUUGAUCCCUAGGCCUGUUCUUUCAAAGCUGAUUGUCUUUAAUAAACGAUUGUAUGAGGAAACCAUGCUGUAUCACAAGUUUGCUCAGGAUGGUUCUCCUUGGGAGUUUAACCUGCGUGAUGUGAUUCGGUCAUGCCAGCUUAUAGAAGGUGCACCUGAAGAAUUAGAAGUUAGUUGCUUCCUCAACAUUAUCUAUCUUCAACGAAUGCGUACGGAUGUUGAUCGCCGUGAAGUCCUUCGGCUUUAUGAGGAGAUUUUUGGGGUGAAACCAUCUAUAAAUCCAUACCCCCGUGUGCAGCUUAAUCCUCAUUAUUUAAUUGUGGGGAGAACUGCUAUAAAAAGGACUAACAAUCGGUCAUAUAAAAAUGCUGGUAGUCAGCUUAAAAUUUUGCCAGGAAUUCGUUUCAGCUUGGAAGCUGCUGCACGAUGUGUACAGCUUCAGUGGUUGUGUAUCUUGAUUGGUCCAUCUGCAUCUGGAAAGACUUCAUUGAUAAGGCUGUUAGCUCAGCUUACUGGCAAUGUACUAAAUGAGCUUAACCUUUCAUCAGCAACGGACAUAUCUGAAAUACUUGGUUGUUUUGAGCAGUUUAAUGCCGUCCGCAAUUUUCGCUUUGUUAUUGCUCAAGCUGAGCGUUACAUGAAUGAGUUCUGCAGUUUGCAACUGGAAUCUUCAACAAAUGCAUUUGUAUGCGAGAGAGAUGAAUUAAUUGGCAGAUGGCUUGUUUUUUUGUCAAGUGUGGAUAGUGUUCACUCAUUGAGUUCUGCUUCUGCAUAUGUGGAAUAUCGGAAGACUGCCUUUAAUUCUCUUACUUUGCUAGUUGAGAUCAUUGAACGGCUACAAUCGGAUCUCCAGAAAUAUAUUUUACCUGUGUCAUGGUCGUGCAAUGAACUCAAUAGAACCCUGAAGAUGGUUUUAAAGUUGCAGAAAAAUUUCCAGAGCAGGUCUCUUUCAACAAAGUUUGAGUGGGUAGCAGGGUUAUUGAUAAAGGCUAUAGAAAAUGGGGAAUGGAUUGUUCUAGAGAAUGCUAAUCUUUGUAAUCCGACGGUUCUUGAUAGAAUCAACUCAUUGGUGGAGCCACAAGGAUCAAUAACAGUUAAUGAGUGUGGGAUAGUUGAUGGUGAACCUGUUGUUCUCCAACCUCAUCCCAAUUUUCGAAUGUUCCUGACAGUUAAUCCAAGCUAUGGUGAAGUUUCCCGGGCAAUGCGAAAUAGAGGAGUUGAAAUAUUCAUGAUGCCACCUUAUUGGUUGCCUGUCCGGGGAAGUGGUGACAGUUAUGAAGAGGCUGAACAAGAGGAUGUAAAGAGAUUUCUUGUUCUAUCUGGUAUUCCCAUUGGUAAGUUGGUUGAUAUAAUGGCCAAAGCACAUAUCUAUGCUAGGGAUGAAGGUUUACGCCUCAAUGUGCGCAUUACGUAUCUGGAGCUGGCUCGCUGGGUUCAUUUAUUCCAAAAACUUCUUGUUAAUGGAAAUCAACCUUUUUGGAGUCUUGAAACAAGUUGGGAGAGUACGUAUAUUUCUUCCUUGGGUGAGGCCGAAGGAUGGGAAAUCAUUGCUCAUGCAAAAAUUUCUUACUUAUCAAGGGCUCAUUUUUCUAAAUUUGGUUGGUCAUUAGGUUCUCUGUGUUUUCCGGGAGGAUGGCCAAUGCCCUUAAGAAUUAAUGACUUUGUAUGGAACUCAAAAGAAAUUUCUGUCAGACAAAACUGCAUGUAUCUGGAGUUCUUGGGUGCUCAGUGUGCGUCAUAUGAAUUCAGUAACGCCUGCAAUUUGUUCCCAUUUGAUCAAGCUUUAUUUGGAAAUUGUUGCACAAAGACUUACUUGGUGGAUAUGAAGACAUUAUGCCUUCUCAUGUUUCCUAAUGCUUCCAAGGAGAUGACUUUUAAUUAUAGCACGCCAGCUGAAUUUAACCCAGUGUUGGCUAAUAAGAUGCUUUUGUUUGCUGCGAAUUGGACUAUUGAACAGGCCACUGAAGGUGAUCUUAAACUGUAUUUGCUUUGGUUUAGCUGGCUGGGUUCCCAAUUACAGCCAUUUUGCCAGUUUUUCAGUUCGUUUUUGUCUCUAUUGGACCAAGAGAUGGAACAUCCUAUUUGGAAAUGCAUUAACCGCUGUCGCCAUGAGCUUUUGUCCCGUCACAACAUUGAUUUAGAUUCUCAUCCAAUACCAAUACUUUCAUUUGAUUUAGUUAAUUUAGAUGCUUUGAAUGAAAUAUCACUAUUAUCCAGUAAGCUUCUGUCUAAUGCUAUUAAAUGCGUAGGCUUAUUGAGGCUUACUCUUCAACAGUGGAAUGCUGAGAGCAGGCACAACUAUAGUGACAAAACUCGGUGUUUCACAUUUGUUUUUAGAUCUCUACAUAUGCUUGAAGAGGAAAUUCUUAAUAUUCUUGUCGACUCUCCUUCUUUUGAUGUGCUUGUUCAAUUCUACAAUGAGCUUUUACAAGAUCACAUACUAUUUUGGAAUAGUGUUUCAGCUGACCAGUUUGAGUAUUUGCCAAUUUCUUGGCAUUCUUUAAUGAAAAAUGCUGCAAGAUUGCAGGAAUUUUGCCCAGAAGUGGUUGAGACCUUCUUGUUGGAGGGCAAGAAUCUGAAUAAAGUUUUGCCUUGGGGCCUUAAUUUACAAAAGUCCAUGCUAUGGAGCCACGGUGGUCAUCCUUUCUUGCCAUCUUCAUCUGAUGCAUAUUAUAAACAGCAUCAGCUUUUCAGCCUUUGUGAAUUGAUUUGGCCAACAAAGGCGAAAUACUGGGAGCCAGCGAAUAAUUCUAUCAUUAAGGUUGUUGCAUCUUCCAAUCCUGAACUUCGUUUCCUUGCAAUGCAAGGUGUGUGCAUGUCGUUUCUUAUUAUGGGAGAAUGUGAAGAAAAUGAUGCCCAGGUUUUUCAGCAGUUGGAUGAGAUGCAUCAGAUGCUUUUGGAAAGAUUCGAACAUGAAAAACAGAAAUUGGAGGCAAACAUGAUAUCCAAUGAGCAUGCAUUUCCUGUGGCAGAUUCAGCUGCUUGUUGUUCUUUCUACCCAGUAUUAUUGUGCAGAAAAUCAGGCUUUGCUAGUUGGCUGGAGACCAUUCCUAUAAUUGAUAACACAAGUCUUUUACUGGAUUUGGAAUUGCUUAAUGAGUUAGCAGCGGCUGUUUUGGUUGAUGCCCAGGGUUUACAACAAGCUUUGUUUGGUGUGGCCGAGCUUCUGAAAUUUGCGUUGAAUUUUUCAUUGCACUAUUCAUCUAGAUCUCCCAUAAAUCUUCUGCCUCAUCAAAAAAUUUUGUGGAUGCUAGAUGCUUGGAUGUCAGUGGAUGCAGCGGGCACAAAAAUUGCUAGUUUUGUUCUUGAGAUGUGGUUCAGGUGGCAUUCAUCAUUGUGGACAAACCAUCCUAUUUGUGUCGAGUCAUUCUCAAUGGUUGAUGAUUGUGAUAUUCCACAACCGUGUAUGCUUUUUCAGCCCGUGAAAAUUGCAGCAGUUGUCCAUAUUAUGCAAAGUACAUUUGCUGUCAAGGAUUUUCCUGUGCACUGUUUGAAACUUAGAGUUGCUUCUCGCAAUUUGUGGCAAUGUUAUAAACCCAGGGCCUAUAUUCCUAGAUUUCUUUUAUCUGCUGCUCGUUCUCUUUUCAAACAGAUUAUAUAUGCACACCGAAAAUCGUUCGAUGAUGAUAAAUAUUUUGCUAUCAAGUCCAUUCUUUCUUCCUUGCAGUCUGAUUUGACAAAGCAAGAUGACAUCCAGACUGUUUGCUCACUUAUUGCAACAUCAAAGCACCACAAAUUGACUUCCUUGAUAGAUCAACUCAUCAAGCCAUUGCUUGGAGAACUCUACAUUCAAUGCACUUAUACUGAUUCCCUUGAUGACCUUGGUUGUGCAUGGUUGCGGAUUGGAGGACUACGUUUACAACUUCUGCUCAGCUGCAAAGAUUUUGAUCCGGUCAUGAAGUACUCAUACAAGCAUUCACACUUACUAGAAAAAAUCUCUUUUCUUGAACUUGAAAUUAAGGUACGACAAGAAUGUGACUAUUUAGCAGGUUGGUUUUCAACAAGAGAAGCUGAUAAACAAAAGCUAGAAUCUUUAGAAAAUCUCAAAGGUGAACGCAGAAGGCUGCAAAGGAAGAUUGUUUUCCGCUCUGAUCCUGGGAAAUUUAAGAAGUUGAAAUGUGAAUGUGAAGAGUUCCUUAAAGUGGUCACUUCUCCUAUAGAAAUGAUGAAAAAUAUAGCAGGCAUGGAUAUACAACAGCUGACGGACCAAAUAUGCAACUGGCAGGAGACUGCAACUUGUUUUAUUCAACGAUUAUCAGAUGAGUACACAGCAUAUAUUGACAUAGUUCAACCAAUUCAGGUUGCAGUUUAUGAAAUAAAAUUAGGUCUAUCUCUGACUCUGUCAAGUGCCUUGCAAAAGAAAUUUCUAACCAGAGUCGAGCAAGACAAUAUGGAUCGUUUUCUGGAAACAAUCUAUUCAUUCAUGAGAUUCCCAAGAGGCUGUGCAUCGAAAUCCAUUUAUGCUGAGGUCAACAGCAGCCAGCCUUAUUGCAAUAUUCAUUUUCCUACAAACAUUUGGGCAGUGGAUUUGAGUUUUAUGGAAAAGUUGGUUUCUAUUACAAGAGAUGACAAUGUUAAUAAAAUGGUGGUCUUGCCAAAAAAGGCUGCUAUUCAUGAGAAUAUUCUUGGUCGCAUUACACAUUCUGUGGCUAAUGCACGGCUUCUUGAUAGUGCAUCAUUUAUGUUAUUGGAUAAGAUGUUUGAUGAAUUUGCAAGUUUUUGGAUGGAUAUGAAAGUUCAAACCAGAAAUACAGAAGAAUUUGAGGCUCAGAAGUACAAGUUUAGGCCUCGUGUGUUCAAAAUUGAGCACAUCCUUGAAUUUGACAUUUCCGGGCUUUGCAACUCAUUCACAAAUGAGAGUUUUUCAGAAUGGCUGGAAGCUAUGUCUGACGACGAAUUUUGCGGAAAGCAAGAUGCAAGUGAAGAACAUAACACGGUGGUGGAAGAAUGGAAUCUUUUGCAGGAUAAUGUUUGGAACAACAUGGUCCACAUUCACAGUCAGUUGUUUGGGUCAAUAGAUCUUAAUGUAACUCCUGGGAUUAUUCAGGUCCCUGAUUCAGAUAGGUUGCUGUCCUUCAUUGACUCUUACACAUUAGGGGCGGGGAUGAUUAAAGAUCUUGGAGGUCUAUCUUCUUCCAUUUUGGACUCUAAACUUUUGCCAGAGAAUUUACUUCGGCUUUGUUUGGAACAUGAAAGGGCAGUUAUUUCAUCACGUAAAUCAGCUUUGAAAUACAACUUUUACAAGGAUUCAAAUGCUCCUGUAAUGGCAAAGAUGGUGUCAUUGCUGAUGCAUCUGCAACAUCGAAUUCUCUAUGUUUUAAGUCAGUUGGAGGAUCAUCCUGGUCUUAAGAAGAUUUUAGAUAUUGUUGACAUGCUCUUGGCUAUUCCUAUGAGCACCCCUCUAGCUAAGGCUCUUUCAGGACUGCAGUUUUUGCUUAAUAAAGCCCAGAUGCUGCAGGAAAAUGGUUCAAAAUUCUCUCUCUAUGAUGAACUGCAACCUAUUCUUGCUCUGAUGACAUCAUGGCAGAAGAUGGAGUUCGACUCAUGGCCUGUGUUGCUUGAUGAAGUUCAGGAUCAAUAUGAGAUUAAUGCUGGAAAGUUAUGGUUUCCAUUAUACUCGGUUCUUCAACGUAGAUAUUCUUCUGAUAUUGCUGGAUAUAAUCAGUCUACGAUCCAAAGCUUGGAAGAGUUUAUUCACACAUCCAGCAUAGGUGAAUUUAGGAAACGUCUAGAGCUUCUCUUUGCUUUCCAUGGCCAAAUUAAAACUGGUAUCUGCCUUGGAUCUUAUUCAAAUGUGUGCCAGAUGGAAAAUCUGAAAAUUUUAUACAAUGUAUUUGGCUUCUAUACUCAAUUAUUGCCAAUAAUUUUGGACCACAUAGAAACUAAUAGAAGAAACAUUGAGACAGAGCUGAAGGAAUUUCUGAAGCUUUGCCAUUGGGAGCGUUCUGAGAAUUACUUAUCUAUGGAAAAUGUGAAGAGGACUAGACAAAAGCUUAGGAAGCUAAUACAAAAAUACAAUGAUCUUCUGCAGCAGCCUGUAAUGCUAAUUCUUAAUCAAGAAGUGGAGCUACGGGGAGUUAGAACUCAAUCUGUGGGUGCUCUGAACCAUCUUGGUGAUUUUUCAGGGAAGAAUGAGGGCAUUCUGAAGGCUGCAUUUCAUUUGACACAGUUCACUGAUAGAAACAGCUGCAGUUCUAUGUGCUUCGAUGAUUGGAGGAAGAAAGUUGAUUUGGCUAUGCAGACUUUCCCUGAAUUUUCCUCUCCGUAUUUGUGCACUAAGGAUUAUGAAGAAGUUGCAAAUAUCAUUAGGAAGAACUUGAAUUCCCAUUGUGGAUGCCUUGUGCACAAACAAGAAUGGAGAGCAGUGUGGCAUACACUUGAAAAAAUAUGUGGAGCUACUGUGGGUUGUCGUGAUCUCUGGAAGGAUGAAAACAAGACUAUAGGAAAGAGACGGGCCUUGUCUGGGCUUCUGAAGCUGUUAGAAAGCUGUGGUUUAUCUAGACAUAAGCCCGUAUUUUUUGAGGAUCAACUUCAAUCCACUGGGUGGUUUGUUCAGCCCUCAUAUGAUGGGCAGCAUUUGCUGCUGACACAGGAUAUGUUGUCUUCUGCUAAUGUUGAGAUAGCUGCUUCGAGCCAGUCAAAAAGCUGGUCCCCGGAAAGUUUGGAUAUUGAAUGGAAAACAGUAAAUCACUACUACUUCAAGAGCAUGGCCUCAGUGCAACUUCUGCAGCAGAUUUGUUUGAAUUUCCACAAAGAUUUUACUCUUGAGCAGGUGAACAGGUCAGGCUCUUUUCUCUACCAUCUCAUAGUGAUCCAACAGGAACAACGAGCUUCUGCCUAUGAUUUUGCUGAGCAUUUAGGACGGUUGAGGAAAUGUGUAUCUUCUUUAAAAAAUUUAUGUUUAAAUGCCACCCACACUGGAAAAGGGAUUGUUAACAAGUGGUCUCUUACUCCAAAUCAACACGCGACACUCAAAUGCAUGUGGCAACAGAAGUAUCUAUUUGAUCAUUUGUGUGGCAUGUUGUACGAAGAGUCUUUAUUGCUGAGAACAGUUGAAAGAGCACAUUUGACCACCUGUGAAAGUGUUAAAGCUGCUGCAAAAAGGGUUCUUGGCUUUGUUGAGAAAUUUGUCCCAAUUUUUCAAAAUUCUAAGGAAUUAUUGGAUUACUAUCUUCUUGGCAAUGAUGGAGUUAUAACAACAAGGGAGGCUUCACUGCAUCCUCAUGUAAUGUCCGAGCAAAUGGAAAAGAUGGUACUUCAAAAUUUUCAGGCUAUAAGGGAGUUUGAGGAACAACUUUCUGUUUUCUGUGGGCAAGAUUUGGAUAAAAGAACAGUUAAGGAGGCUUUGCUUAGUCAUUUUGACCAUAUAAUUGUGAAGGGAAAACUGAUGGAAAAAGAGUUUAAGUCUGCUCUUGAGAAAGAAAAGGAGUUGAAGUAUCUUCACGAAGAGGCAAAACAUUGUCAUGAAAAUUAUUCCGAACUUGAGGCUGGUUUUUCUGGAGCACUCCAAAGAACAUUGAAACAUAUUAUAGAUGCAUUUCAAAACCUAGAUUCAUUGAGUGGUGUUUCUGAGGAUUUAUUGGGGAAACUUACUUCAUGGAAGGUCAUCUUUCAAUCUUAUGUGGCGAACCUUCAGUUGGACAUAAUAUGCAAUGAACUUCUGAAAACAAUAUUUUACGCUAGAGAAGUGGUGAACCAUUCUGGGAGUAGAAUUCCCACCUUGUGUGCGCAAACUGGCGAGCAUUUAAAGCAUCUACACAUGUUAUUGGACAUAUUAUUGAACUUUGGUGAUGGUCUCCUGCAUGAUUUUUUAUCUAUGAAUAAAAUGGUAUCUAUAUUGGCCACUCUGCUUGCAAAUGUUUUUGCUUCAUUAUACUCCAAAGGGUUUGGCACUUCCAUGGAAGAUGAAGUGGGUGACAUCGAUCAUAACACACAUCAAGAUGCCCAAGGAACAGGCAUGGGGGAAGGUACUGGAAUGAAUGAUGUUAGUGAUCAAAUAAAUGAUGAAGAUCAGCUUCUUGGAACUUCUGAAAAGCCAACAGAUGACAAGGAUGACUCGAGCCAACUUCCAGGUAAGAAUGAUAAAGGAAUAGAGAUGGAACAGGAUUUUUCUGCUGAUGCAUUUAGUUUAAGUGAAGAAUCUGGAGAAGAUAAUGAUGAUAACAGCGAGAAUGAACAACUGGAGUCUGCUGUGGGGGAAGCGGGCCCUGACAGUGAAGUAAUUGAUGAGAAAUCCUGGGAUAAAGAUGAAGAUGAAAAUCCCAAUAACAAAAAUGAGAAAUACGAGUUUGGACCUUCGGUGAAGGAUAAAGAUUUAAAUGAUAGAGAGAUUAGAGCCAAAGAUGAUCAUGCCACCACUACUGAUGAACCUGGAGAGCUUAAUCCUGGAGGAAAGAAACAAGAUGAUGAGAAUGGAAACCAAGAUGAUCUUGAUGGUACAGAGAAUGUGGAAGACAUGAAUAUGGACAAAGAGGAUGCAUACAUGGACCCAACAGGAAUAAAACUUGAUGAUAUUAGCCAAGGAUCAGACAAAGAUACAGAUGUGGAUAAACCAGAAAGCGCUGAUUCUAUGGAUGGAGAAUAUUCAGAUAAGAAUGAUGAACCUGCUGAGAAUGAAAAUGGUGAAGGGACAACCAAUUUGAUGGAUGAAACUGUUGAAGACUUGGAGUCUGAAAAGGUGGGCGGGAAUAUUGAAACAGAGGAUCAGGAGGGAAAUGAUGGAGAGAAUCAAGAAGUGGAUUUGCUGGAAGCAAGGAAAAAUUAUGAAUUGGGGAAUUCCAACUUCAAUAGUAAUUUGCCCAAUUAUGAAUCUGCAUCGCAACCUAAGGCUGACUUGCAGGCAGCUGAUUCAGGAAACUUCACACCAGAGAUGAAAUGGUCUUACAGCAGCGAUAUUUAUAACAACCUGGGUUCAGUGAGAGGCUUGCCUUCCCAUAAUAUCUCCAGCAUGGAGAUCAUGUUGGGUGAUACAUCAUUGAGUGGGACACUCACUGAUGACCAGCCUAAAACUCAACUGCCUCAGCCUGAUUCUUCUUGUCCUGAGAGAACACAACCAAACCCAUAUAGGAGUGUUGGCGAUGCGCUUGAAGAAUGGAAAGAUAGAAUUAAGGUGUCUACCGAUAUCCAGGAAGGUAGUAUAGAACCUCCAGAAGAUACAGGGACUAAUAAUGCAGACGAGUAUGGAUAUGUUUUUGAGUUCGAGAAGGGAACUGCUCAGGCAUUGGGACCUGCAACAUCUGAUCAAAUUGACAGGAAUAUUAGUGAUAACAAGCCUGAUGAAGAUGGUCAUCGAGCCAAAAAAGAAGAAAUUGACAAUAUGGAGAUUGAGAAGCAAGCUUCUGAUGUACAGCCAAUUAGGCGUUAUCCCACAGUUUUGGAGAACAAGAUAGAGGAGCAGUUUCUGGAGUCGAAAGAGAGACUAUUUGGUGAGGGGUUUGCAGAGGUUUCUGGUCAUAGUGAUUGUGAUAUCAGAAAUCCUUCAGAGAGUUUAGUCACCAUCAAGAAGUGUUGCAUGGAUGAUGAUAUACUUCAGUGCAAUAAACUGCCAUCAAGCGACGAUGGACAGGGGAAGGUCAAGAAUCUUGAGGAAGUGUCCAGUGAUACAAAAGACAAUGCUACUGGUCUUUGGAGAAAAUACGAACUCCUCACAACAAGAUUGUCUCAAGAGUUGGCUGAACAGCUGCGUCUGGUAAUGGAACCCACUCUAGCUAGCAAGCUUCAAGGGGAUUAUAAGACUGGAAAAAGGAUUAACAUGAAGAAGGUAAUUCCGUACAUUGCAAGUCAUUACCGGAAAGACAAGAUAUGGCUGCGACGCACUCGACCUAACAAGCGGGAUUACCAAGUUGUCAUUGCUGUGGAUGACUCCCGCAGUAUGUCUGAGAGUAGUUGUGGGAAUGUUGCUAUCGAAGCUCUGGUGACAGUGUGCCGUGCCAUGUCUCAACUUGAAGUGGGAAAUCUUGCUGUUGCCAGCUUUGGAAAGAAGGGCAACAUAAGGUUGUUGCAUGAUUUUGAUCAGCCAUUUACUGGAGAGGCUGGAGUCAAGAUGAUCUCGAGUUUGUCAUUUAAGCAAGAGAAUACCAUAGCAGAUGAACCAGUGGUUGAUCUGUUGAAGUAUUUGAACAAUAUGCUUGAUGCUGCUGUGGCAAAUGCACGACUCCCAUCUGGAAUAAAUCCACUGCAGCAGCUUGUUUUGAUCAUUGCUGAUGGUCGGUUUCAUGAAAAGGAAAACUUGAAGCGCUGUGUUCGGGAAGUCUUGAGCAGAAAGCGAAUGAUUGCAUUCUUGCUUCUGGAUAGCCCCCAAGAGUCCAUCAUGCACCUCAUGGAAGCGGCAUUUCAGGGUGGAGAUAUUAAAUUUUCAAAGUACUUAGAUUCAUUUCCAUUCCCAUAUUAUAUCGUGCUGAAAAACAUUGAAGAACUUCCUAGAACACUUGCAGAUUUACUGAGACAGUGGUUUGAACUUACGCAGAAUGCAAGAGAUUAAAUCAUUGAAUUUAAGAGUUCAAUUCGACAGCGCCUAACCUUGUACAUACAUAUUUCCAAUUUUGUUAUUAUUAAUUAUAUUGUAAUAUAUUGUCAAUGUUCUCCAUUUCACAAACUACGAGAGAUUUAAGUCAUUGAUCUUGAGUUUGUUAAAUAUUUGUUCUAGCUCGACUGCUGCUUCAAUUUUCAUAAAUAAAUAAAUAAAUCAAUCAAUAAUGUUAUUUUUCGAUUCC